AUGCCUUUCUCUCUCUUCUCCCGCAAGAAACCAACUCGCCGUUUCAACGACUUCUACGCCGACUGGUCCAAAACCCUAACCGAAAACUGCCUCCCUCUCCUCCGCCAAUCGCUCUCCUCCGCCGCUUCCGCUUCCGUCCUCUCCGCCAACGUAGAUCUCGUCCUCCGCCACCUGGUUCUCUACUACGAAACCCUAGACCUCGCCGCCGAUCCCAACACCAUCCCUUACCUCCUCUUCCCGUCGUGGCGCAACUCUCUCGAGACGCCGUUUCUCUUCCUCGGCGACAUCCAUCCUUACCUCCUCACCAAUCUCCUCCGCUCGAUGAUCGACCGCGAGAACCAAGAUUCCGACGACGACUACUCCCUCCACCUGAAUCUCGACCUCGUGAAUCAGCCGCUGAAGAUCGCGACGGCGUGGAAAGAUCCGUCCGACGAGCUUGUGACGAGAAUCGAUCAGAUCGAGUGCACGAUGAGGCUCAUGGUCCCUGUUCUCAUGGAUCGUAUGAGGAAAGCGCAGAGAGGCUUCGUCGCUCGAGUCUCUGAGGAUUGGGUCUCGUCGUACCGUGGAGGGAAGAAGGAGAAGACGGUUACGGCGGUUACGUCGGCAGCUGCUCCGGCGUGUGUGGAUGAGGCGGCGAAGGUGGAGAUGGAGGAGCUUGUGAGUAUCUUCGUUGAUGCGAAUCGUCUGAGGAAGAGUGUGAUCAUGGACAUUGUUGGAGCUACGAGUGAGCAUCAAGCGGCUCUGUUUCUUGAAGGUUUGUGCCAGUUUCUUGUUGGGUUCAAGAUCUCUGUUUCUUCUUGGUUGAAUCAGAUUGAUUUCUCGGAUUAG